ACAGACAUGACUUCGGGAGCCAACCGAGCCCAGAGUCAGCACGGGAGGUGGACAGUGUCGAGCAGCGACGAGGAAGAGCCCGAGGGCCCUGGGAAUCGGCCGGAUUCCCAGCCGGAGGCUCCGGCCGCCGGAGGGGCUGAUCCGGGGUCCGACGAUCCCAGAGAACCGCCAGAGACUGCCCCGGUCCGGCCCCCCGAGGCCGGGAUCCUGCCGCGGGGAACGGCCUGGCGACGGGGGACGUCCAGCCCCGGGAACAAGCGCACGUCACCGGCCGUCAAGAGGGGGAGGCCGUCACCGUCCGAGCUGGGCUGGGAUCUGUCCAGCAGCGACUCCGAGCCGGACGCCGGGGGAGGGGGUGAGCGGGGUGACCACCACCCCAGCCCCGCACCCGGCUCCGACCCCAGCCCCAAACCCAGCCCAGUCAGCAAGAAGCAGCGGCUGGAGCCAAACCGCUCGCCAGUCAAGCCCCGACUGGACCCCAGCAACGACAAGACCGCCCUAGACACCAGCACGGAGACUACCUGGGACACGACCGGGGAGAGCUCAGAGACCCCCGACGAGCAGCCCGACAAGUGGGACCUGCUGGAGAAAUGCAAAACCUUCCGAUUUCUGACCAGAGUCUCAGGCAUCAGCACAAAGUACAACUCCGAAGCCCUUCACAUAAAAGAUAUUUUGUCGCCUCUCUUCGGGACAAUUAAAGCCUCCGCCCAGUUCAACUAUUGCAUUGACAUUCCAUGGAUGCUCAAGCAAUACCCCGAAGAGUUUAGGAAGACGCCUGUGCUGAUCAUUCACGGGGAGCAGCGAGCGGCUCGCGCUGCGCUACACCAGGAGGCCCACCCCUACCAGAACGUGCGUCUGUGCCAGGCUAAGUUGGAGAUUGCGUAUGGGACACAUCACACAAAGAUGAUGUUGCUCCUGUACGAGGAAGGAUUGCGUGUGGUCAUCCUCACAGCCAACCUGAUCCACGAUGACUGGUACCAGAAGACACAGGGGAUAUGGUUGAGUCCUCUGUAUCCACGGUUACCGGACGGAAGUUCUGAAUCAUCCGGAGAAUCGCCCACCAAUUUUAAGCGGGAUUUGAUCGACUAUCUUCUGGCCUAUCGCUCAACAGGCUUGGGAGAGUGGGUCUCACACGUCCAGGAACACGACCUGUCUGACACCAGGGUUCACCUUAUUGCCUCAAUACCCGGCCGUCAUGUGGGCAGCCUGAAAGACAAAUGGGGUCACUUCAAACUCCGAAAGGUCCUGAGUGACCACACCUCCCCCCGGCCCGGCCGGGAAUCCUGGCCUCUGGUUGGUCAGUUCUCCAGUAUUGGGUCCCUGGGGCCCGACGAGGACAAGUGGCUGUGUUCGGAGUUCAAGGAGAGCCUGAGCCGCCUGGGUAAACGGGACACACCGCUGGUCAGUCACAAGGCUCCGCUACACCUGGUUUAUCCGACUGUAGAUAACGUCAGGACCAGUUUAGAAGGAUAUCCAGGAGGCGGGUCACUCCCUUACGCCAUCCUGACGGCGCAGAAGCAGCCUUGGCUGAACUCCUUUUUCAAUCAGUGGUCAGCAGAUAUCUCUGGCCGGACCCAAGCCCUCCCUCACAUCAAGACCUACAUGAGGACGUCGCCGGACUUCAGCGAGCUGGCCUGGUUCCUGGUCACCAGUGCUAAUCUGUCCAAGGCUGCUUGGGGAGCACUGGAGAAGAACGGUACCCAACUGAUGAUCCGUUCAUAUGAGCUGGGAGUGUUAUUCCUGCCCAGGCCAUUUGGAAUGGACUCGGGAAGAUUCCUGGUGAGGAAAAGCCCGCAGCAGAGCACAGAGAUGUCUUUCCCGGUGCCUUACGACCUUCCCCCUCAACCGCACAGCAGCCAGGAUAAACCAUGGAUUUGGAAUAUUCCUUACACACAUGCCCCUGACACCAACGGGAAUAUCUGGGUACCUUCCUAACAGACCAUCUCCCUGGGACGUUUUGCAGUUAUUCUCU